CGCCUCUUCUGCCUUCCGCCUCCGCUCAGAUCAUCUAUCAAAGCAGGAGCUGCUCUCCGGGGUAGAACCAGGGCGGCAGCGCUCUGAGAACUGUUGGGACCAAGGAAGGAAGAGGGCUGAGCAACCGCAGUUCCUUAAGCCAGCUCCUAACACAAAGCAGCAGUUGUGUUUCUGGUCACUUUCCCACCUGAUGGCCCCCAUGGCAAAGUUCUGGGCAGGUGCGUCUCUCCUUGGCAUCGUCCUCUUCUGGAAUGCCCCACUUCUCUUCAAGCUGUCCGAUGACCCUCCAAGAUUUACAAGGCACAACAGCACCUUGAGCCUCCUGAUCUGGAGCUGGCCCUUUGGGGCAGCCACAGACCUGACCGGUGAUGUCUGCUCCAGGCUGUAUGGCAUCACGGGCUGCCAACUGACCACAAACCGCCACCUGUUCAACCAAGUGGACGUUGUGGUGUUCCAUCACUGGGAACUCCAGUAUGAAAGAAGGGACCGUCUGCUGUCCAAGGCCCACCCUGGGCAAAAGUGGGUUUGGGCCUCCCUGGAAUCUCCAAGCAACACCAAAGCCCUGGAGGGCUGGACGGGGAAGGAAUGGAACUGGGUCCUCUCAUACAGGCGAGACGCUGACCUCUUCUUCCCCUAUGGGGAGCUGGUGCCUCACUCGCUGGAGGUGGUGGAGAUCCCAGAGAAAACGGGCUUAGUGUGCUGGGUGAUCAGCAACUAUCAUGCCUCCCAAGCCAGGGCAGUGAUGUACCAUGAACUGUCCAGGCACCUCAGAAUCGACGUGUUCGGGAAGGCCAACAGGAAGCUGCUGUGCCCAGACUGUUUGCUACCAACCAUCUCCAAGUACAGGUUCUAUCUGGCCUUCGAGAACUCCAUCCACCGGGACUACAUCACAGAGAAGUUGUGGAAGAACGCCUUCCUUGCCGGCUCCGUGCCCAUCGUCCUGGGCCCCUCCCGCGCCAACUACGAGCAGUUCAUCCCCGCCAACUCCUUUAUCCACGUGGACGACUUCAGCUCAGCCAAGGACUUGGCCACUUUCUUGACCACCAUGAAUGAGAGCCACUACCGGAACUUCUUUGCCUGGAAGCGGAACUACACGGUCAGACUCCACCAGGACUGGCGGGAACGGUUCUGCUCCAUCUGCCAGCAGUACCCCCACUUGCCCCCAAAUAAACUCUACCCGGACCUGAAGCGCUGGUACUGGGAUUACUAGCAGCAUCUGAUUGUCUCUGGGGCAGCCAGACCAUCCGUGGCUCCCCUCCAGAGCUGCCCAUCUCUGAUACUGAUCCCAACCCCAGGGUAAAAGCCCCUACAUUUGCACCAAGGCCCACCCACAGAGCCCCUCCUUUUCUGGCUUCAAUUCUUUUGUUCUCUUUCCUUCAACUUCCUUUCCUUCCUUCCUUCUUUGCUCAAGGGCUCGCCAAGCUUCCUUUCUUCUCCACUCCCCCAGCAAGGUCCAUCCCCCAGCACCACCCAGUCUGGGAUGGACUAUGGGAUUUGUAGUUCAACCCACAUGGAUUGCCACACGGGGAGGCAGCAUCUGAGAAGAUAGCCAUUCCAGUGGCAGAGAAAGGCGUGAAAGCCGCAAAGCAGAAGACCUUAAACCCUUUCCUGUUUACCCAAGUGACUCUGACAGGAAAGGAAGCUAGAAACCUCAUUGCCCCUACUUGUCUUGAGCAAGGGGCCAGCGGGCGCAGUGGUUACAGCGCCAGGUUGGCAGCAGGGAGACACCCAUCCUCUGGGCACCCUUGGGGAGCGAGUGCCUCGACUUCAGCCUCAGCCUUCGCCCAGUGGUGGGCAAGCAGUGGCCAAGCAGGAUGGCUGAGCUAGAUAGCCAGUUUGCCUGGCCUAACGUGGGAGGGGAGGCAGAGGGACCCCAGGCCACAGUGCUGGCUGCCCCAGGAUGAAUCUCGGCCCUCCCUCAGCUCUCCAACUCACGUGCUCCCUACUUCCUGCAAACAUCGGUUAACAUCUUUCUAAUUCUCCCUCUGGUGAAAUCUGCCCCUUUCUCGGCACAGUGCCAAUCCGGUGCCAGCCUCGUGUGGCCAUCAGCUCCCUCUAGUGGUACCACUGAAACCCUACAGAGUUGAUCCCCAUUAAUUCUUCCGAAACCACUGGACUGAACCUGGUGCAAAGUUGGAAGCCCCCGAGAGAGACCCAUUUUUAAUUUCCCCAACUUUCCCUCCCAUUCCUCCCCCCCCCAUCAGUCUAAAACUGCUCAGCUAAUCCUAAUCUUAUACUGACCUAUUUUGCAGGGAUGGGAUGGGGAGGGAGAAAAUCCCCAUGCAAUAUGCUCCAUCUGCGGAAGGGGGGAAUUUAAAUGACAAUCUAAACUGCCAGCAUCCGGAAAGGAAGAUUAACAGGGCAAUCGCUAGGAGCACUUUAAAAAAGGACCUUUAAAAGCAGGUCAGGGUUUGAGGCUGGGGUCCCGUGAGCCCCUCUGGCGGACACCCAAGGAUGGUGCUGCUGCUGUGCAUCUUCUUCCUCUCGGAUCUUUCAACCUCUACAGGGUCAAAAUAAUUCUUUCUUUCAUCAGCACCGAGCACCGCUCCAGUCCUUACUUGAAUUGCCUGAAUGUUUAAUCAGAUUGCUUGAAUAUUCCUUUCCUAUCUAAGAAAAGAACUCCCUUAAUAGUAAAUUAUGUUCCUCCAAAUAUGUGCAGAAUGCAAUUUACUUGCAAAGUCAGGAUGGGAUUAUUACUUGUGCAAUAUCUUGAGCAGGGGGCCAGGGGGUGCAGUGGUUACAGCACCAGGGAGACACCCAUCCUUUGGGCACCCUCGAGAAGGUGUUGCCUCAACUUCGGCCCCACCCUUCGGCCCCUUGGUGGGCAAGCAGUGGCCAGGUAGGAGGGGUCUAUGACAAUUUGCCACAGGCAACUCACCAUAUCCAACUCCCUGCGAGAGUCUAGGGAGGGUCAAAUUUUUCAGCUUUUAAUUUCCAAACAUUAGGGGUUCUCAGCCAUUGUGACAACAUGUCCUGGGGAUUGUAAAGAUAUUUUGGCUACUUUAAUAUAUUUUGGUACGUAACUACAUAAACAUGAUGUAGUUACUAUUACUUUUAAACAUUUUGUUCGUUGCGGCACAGCAUCCUCGCCACAGAAAAACUCACUGCGGGACAAGAGUUACACUAAGGUCAAAGAUACGGUGGAAUAGAAUCAUUGAACAAAGGAUGCAAAAGUGGGGAACAGAAUGAGAUGGGAAUGGCAAAAAAAUUUUAAAAAAUGUUUAAAUAAGGAAAUAGAAUUGGUAAAUUGUGCUGCAGUUGGCCUGUGGUGAGUUGGCUGCGAGAAAUUGUCCAGCGGUGACUUGGUUGUACUGAGUUGGCCAUGGUGAUUUUCUCACAGUGAGUUGCCUAUAGCAAGUUGUCCCAUUCUGAAGCAGGAGGGCUGAGCUAGGUAGCUGGUUUGCCUGGCCUAAUGGGGACGGGGAGGCAGAGCGACCGCUGGCCACAGUGCUGGCUUCCAUCCUGCAGGCCUGGAUGGGAUCAGAGCCACCUUGGAGAAUCAGCCUCUGUGUCUCCCCCAAAAACCUGCCUUUAGAUGAGCCCCUUGGUAUGCUUCACAUCCUGCAAAAGAAUAUUACACACACCGAGGGAAGCUGGGAGCCCUUUGAGUGACUGAGACCUAUCUGCAUUUCUCUAACUCCCUCCUAGAUAUUCUCAGGCACAGAAUAAUUUGCUGAUCAAAGCAACAUAGUCGCGGGUCCCCCAAGGAUAGAGGCUGCGUGGAAAGAUAUGUUCCCU